AAAUAUUAGGGAUUUAAAACUUCUUAUACGGUACCUCACAAAUUUCUCGAAAGAUGGGAUCAUCUUCACUCCAUAAGACUAUUAUUUGUUUUGGGUUCAUCUCACUAUUUCAUUCUGCAUUUUCUGCGGCUCAACACCGGUCCUAUUUGCGAAUUACAUCUCAAGAGUUUACAACAUUGCCUUUAGAUAUAAACAUACAGGCUGUAUUGAGUCUGUUUGUGAUAUUGUGGAGCGUGCUGAAUGUAGCUGGCAGUCUUCGGGAGAUACCUGCUGCUGCGGAGAUGAACACAAACAGCUGGGAGACUCAGUCUAACUUGUCCUCGUUCAGUGUGUUCUGCCACCGAGGGAAGACCUAUUCACCCUUUGUACACAAGAGAGUGCAGUCAUAAAGUUGUUU